ACUCACUGCACUGUUUCCAAGAGCGCAGCACCGCACCAUGACACUUCACUGGACUUAGACUAGAAGGAGUUCCGUCUUCAUACUCAAAACUGACGCUCAACGCUACUUUUUCCGAGAGAGAGAGAGAGAGGGGAAAAAAAGUUUGCCAAAGUUGUGCAAGUUGUUUCUUUCAAGAUGCCACGCUCUUUUCUGGUCAAGAAACACAUUAACUCUGCAAAGAAGCCAAAUUAUAGUGAGCUGGAAAGCCCAACAGUGUUCAUCACGCCGCAUUUCUACAAGGGCCUUCCCCUCCCCAUGAUCCCCCAGCCGGAGAUCCUUAGUCCGGCCGCCUACAGCCCCAUCACAGUGUGGACUACCAGCAACUUGCCGCUGUCUCCGCUCCCCAGUGACCUGUCCCCCAUCUCUGGAUACCCUUCAUCGCUCUCCGACACCUCCUCUAAAGACCACAGCGGCUCUGAAAGCCCGAGGAGUGAUGAAGACGAACAGAUGCUUCCUAAACUGACAGACCCUCACGGAGUGGAGGCAGAGAAAUUCCAAUGUAGUUUGUGUAGUAAGUCCUACUCCACGUACUCUGGACUGCUCAAGCAUAAACAGCUGCACUGCGACGCCCAAACGAGGAAAUCCUUCAGUUGUAAAUACUGCGAGAAGGAGUAUGUCAGUCUGGGAGCUCUUAAAAUGCACAUCAGGACUCACACUUUACCUUGUGUUUGCAAAAUCUGCGGGAAAGCUUUCUCCAGACCGUGGCUGCUCCAAGGACACAUCAGGACGCACACCGGAGAGAAGCCGUUCUCCUGUCCUCACUGCAACAGGGCUUUUGCAGACAGGUCCAAUCUCAGGGCUCACCUACAAACCCAUUCAGAUGUGAAAAAAUACCAAUGCAAGAACUGCUCCAAAACCUUCUCCAGGAUGUCUCUUCUGCACAAGCAUGAGGAAUCUGGUUGUUGUGUAGCACACUGAACUGGGAUCACCAGAGAGCUCCUUUUGCUUUCAACCUCCCUCCUUCAACCUUUUUUCCAGGAGAACUGUCAGGGAAUUACUCUGAGGGGGUUUUCUUACCAAAUACAUAGACUUUUUUUUUGUCCACAGCCAGUUGAUUUCAUUUCAAAGUGAAAAAUAGCUCUGUCACGUGCUUCUUGUUUCAAGCAGUGUUUCUGUGAUUGCAAUCAGUGUCGAGCUUUGUAACGCCAUGUACUCACCUACCUGUGCUAUUCAUGCACUUUUUGCAUGUCUAGAAUGUUUUAUAUGCCUUCACAAUGUUAUCUUCAGUGUUUGUACCGAUGUCUCUCGAUGGCUGUGGGCUCGGCUCUUAUGGAGUUCUCCACUUUUUUUUUUUUUUAUAUGAACCACAGAAACGAUACAAAGAGGAGCCUUAUGAAUGACAGUAUAAAUACCCCCAGUGGAUACAGAAGCCAUUGUUACUUAGGGAACAAGUGCAAACUUAGAUUAUAGGGUGAAAUUGUUAUAACUUUUGCACAGUUAUUAGAAACAGUUUGCCAGCACUCAAAUAGCAAUAAAAUCUUUCAAGUGCCUCAGUUUACGUGGCAAUAAUAUGUAUUUUUCAACAACAGUUUGCUUUUAUAUUUUUAUAUAUUGAAUGUAAGCGUGACUGAGAUGAUUGUAUAUUAACAGUGAAAACUGUGAUGCUGAAUGAUUUUGAUAUUUUCAUAUUUUCAUGACACUUUGCUAAAUAAAGUUUCAUGACUUUUUGUAUAA